AUGGCGUUCAAAUUGGAAAGUUUUAUCAGAGACCCUGGGUCCGUAUCUGAUCUCGAUACUGAGAAAAUGUCUACGAUGGAGCUUGGUGAUAAUCCGAGGCAAGAAGAUACAGUGGAGCAAAAUGACGAUGCAGCAGCAAGUGCGAACGACCAACCAGCGGGAAACCGGCCGUCGAACUGGAAUCCUGUUACUUGGCCAAUACGGACCUGGAACUUUCUUCGAUCUCUUCGAAAGUUCGAAGCUGCUGAUAUCAAGGACGCAACGAUGGGUACAGUCGAUGGGAUUACAGUGCCCUUUGUUCUCACAGCCGGACUAUCGUCGUAAGCCUUUUUUCCCCUCGUUAAAAUCCAAAAUUCGCUAAUUGUGCUGGCAUGACAGAAUCAAAAACUCGAAGAUUGUUGUUAUGGCUGGAGUGGCUGAACUGAUCGGUGGAGCAGUGUCUAUGGCGAUGGCCGCUUAUCUCAGUACUUCUGCUGAAGAGAUGGCCGCACAAGUGGAUGAAGAAGCAUCAAGAGCAAUUAGAUCGGCUGUGAUCAUGUUUUUCUCCUAUUUGAUAGGUAUGUGAGGUUGGUUGGUCUGAGAUCUGCCUCUGGGGGGUUCAGUCCUCGCCCUCCGUCCUAUCUCUCAGCCUAAGCAAGAACUGACAACCCUUUCAGGAAGUAUAAUCCCAAUGAUUCCCUACUUCACCCAGAUAGAAACGAUGAAGGCACUCGGGAUAUCUGCGAGCAUUGCCGCCAUCAUGGGGUUCGCCCUCAGCUAUGUCAUGGGAUACUUCAGCCUUGGAAAGAAACAUAAGACGGCUCUGUGUGUAGCUCUCAGGAACUUGGGUAUCGGGGUCGUAGCUACACUUGCGAGUUUUUGGAUUAUCAAGGGACUUAACAAAAGGUGGGAGGCGUGUUGACGAGGGUUGGAGAGGAC